UGCAGGUUGACUAGAAUACCAUUCUAGCAUCUUACCUGGAGUUUCAGAGGUAGGUAGAGCCUGCUUCCCAGUUGUGUUCUACUUUUGUUGCAAGUCUCACGGAUGCAACCAUGAAUUCCCCCGCCUUGACCGACUUCCAAGACAUCGAUUCUCAUCUCCACGUCGAUCUGUGGAACAAGAACUCGACACCAUCCACAUGAGGAAGUCACGCAUGUCCACCUUGUUAUUCACCUCCUCGUGCUCCUGCACUUUUCCUGACCUCGUUUCUUCCUCUCCAUUUUAUCUUCUGUCCUGUUCACUGCAAUCACUUCCCUUGUCACACUACUUCUUCGACUUUUGACCACCACCUACGCCUACACCCAACUCUGCAUCUUCGUGGUCACUCAAUUUGACCUGCCACCUCGUUGCGACUGCACAUCCGCAACCAGAGGUCAUUUGGAGGGAGGAUCAGCCGUAAGAGACUAGGCAUUACUUGAGAAUGAGACUUACACAGCCUAAGACACCUCGCCAUGUCAACGAUCGCUUUCCCACCCUUCAACUCUCCCUUCUCGGUAAACACUCCUCUCUGAAACCCCCAGAACGCAAUCCAUGACCUGCUGACCUGGUUUCUAUACAGCAAUAUGUCGACUCGCCGAACCCAUCGCCAUCACCUCCAUUCUCCCUUACGCAUGGCGGAUGACCAAAGAUUUCGGUUUACCUGAUGCUUCUUUCUACGCCGGCAUCCUCGUCGCCUCAUUUUCCUUGUCCGAAGCCGCCUUCAGUAUGCUCUGGGGUCACCUAUCUGACCGAGUUGGGCGUAAACCUGUUCUCCUCUUCGGCUGUUUUGGUACCAUUGUCUCUCUCAUGAUGGUAGGAUUUUCCUCGAAUUUCACCGUGGCUUUGGUAGGAAGAGUCCUGGGUGGUGCAUUGAAUGGCAAUAUCGGAGUCAUUCAAACCAUGGUGGGUGAACUCGUCAAAGUCCCCUCCCACGAGCCCAAAGCUUAUGCCAUCAUGCCCUUCGUAUGGUCGGUCGGUACCAUCCUUGGGCCUGCAAUUGGGGGUCUGUUGGCUAGCCCUGCCAACAACUACCCGGCUGCUUUCUCUCCUCGUGGUCUCUUUGGCCAGUUUCCAUACCUCCUCCCAAACCUCGUCUGCUCGGUUUUGAUGCUCGUCUCUAUCCUCGCCGGAUACCUCUUUCUCCAAGAGACACAUCCAGAUUUCCAAGCCGGUGCUGAUCCCAAUGUGCACCAUACCAUUGCCGAGCAGACCCACAUGAUUCCCGCCGCCGGCACCAACGCAGACUCGGCCAUUGAUUUACGCCGAGACUCGUAUGGUACCUUCAACGAAGUCAGCCUCCCCAGAAUGGAGCAGUGGCAGGUCAGCCCCGAUGGUUCCUCCAGACCCAAUUCCAUCUCAGAAAAGACGCAGCCCUGGUUGACUAGAAAAGUCGCCACUUUAACCAUUGCCCUGGCUCUCUUCACGUUUCACUCUAUGUGUUAUGAUCAUCUGCUGCCUAUAUUCUUUCAAGAUGAGUCAGUCAAUCAAGUAUCCGUCUUGGCAGCAAGUCCAGUUCACAUUCCCGGUGGGUUGGGCCUGACCGUCCAGACGGUUGGGAUCAUCAUGGCUGUUAAUGGAGUCAUUGCACUCUUUAUGCAAGCAGUCGUCUUUCCCAUUGCUGCUGAGUGGCUAGCCAUCUGGCGUCUGUUCAUCUGUGUCACCAUUUUACACCCCGUGGCCUACUUUAUUGUGCCUUACUUGGCUCUCCUGCCUGAGAACCUCGUCCUGCCCGGCGUCUACUUUUGCCUCACAGUUCGCAAUCUGUUUGCAAUUCUCGUCUUCCCGCUUCUUUUAAUUCUACGCAAGCAAGCUAGUCCUUCGCCCUCUUCCCUUGGCCGCAUCAAUGGCCUGGCUGCUUCGGCUGGGGCAGCCUCGCGAUCGGUAGCUCCUCCAGCAGCUGGAUUACUCUAUGGAUGGGGCAGUAAGAUCGGCUUUAUGGGACUGGCUUAUUGGGGUGCAGGGGCCGUGGCAGUGGUUGGAGCAAUUCAAUUGUGGUCAAUCCCACGAGAGAAGCAUGAAUCCACCGUCAUUAAGUCGGUCUUGCCAUGCUUGGAAUCUUCGCACCCAAACACACCGGCCGAUACGGUUGAUGUUGUGGUUGUUGAGACCGGCAAUCGAGUGUAGACGUUUCUUCAUGCAGUCGUGGUUAAAGUCGGCUUGGUCAUGCGGGCAUGCGGGCAUGUAUACACUUUGGAGUUGAGCGAUGAUUCACGAGAGUUACUAUCAGGCUAGAUCUGCGACACUACUAAUGGCUUGGUGACGAUGAUUCUGAUGGUGGAAAUGACCCCGGCGUUCAGGGUCAUACAGGGAAAUUUGCUGGUUGUUUUAGGACUGCGAAAACAUUACGUCAAGAAGCUAGAACGCUGAAAUUCUGGGAUUACAUGGAGUAAUGGCAUUUGAUUCAUCUUGAUUCAUCUUGAUUCAUCUUGAUUCAUCUUGAUUCAUCUUGAUUCAUCUUGAU